CUGGGUUUUUUUUUUGCAGGGGGCAGCACUCCGCUUCAGUAUGGUUCGCCGGCACCUUCCAGCAGCAGGGAUGCUGCCGGCAGUCGUAGCUCUCUGGUGGCUGACAGCAGCAGAAAUGCUCCUGGAAGAUCCAGGGCUGAUUUGAACUCAGAGGUUCGCCACCAUCGCAAUAUCGCUCUUGAAGAUCCGGAACACAUGAACGCUACCCAGAGCCCUGCGUCCAGCCAGCAAGAAGGCCCCAGAAUCUUUGUAUGGGGCACCCGCAUCUGCGUCACGGACGUUCAGUUGAGCUUCUCACGAUUCAUCAAGGAGUACGUGAACAUGGCGCUCGAAGAAGACGAGCUGAUUAUCGAUGAAUCAGGAAAACAAAGCGCAGCCGCAGAAGCAGAUGAGCCUUAUUAUAUGCAGCGACUGCAUGAGAUCUUCAACACCGAAGAGCCAUACCUAAACGUAAACUUGCAGCACAUCAAAGCUUUUGAUGAAACCCUGUAUAGGCAAAUAAUAUGUUAUCCUGCGGAUAUAAUCCCUUAUUUGGACUUCAUUGCGAAUGAAAUUUUUAACGAAUCCUAUCCGCAUUCAGAAUUGCAGUCUCAGAUUCAGAUUAGGCCAUUCAAUGCCGAUCGAACAAAGAAUAUGCGCUGUUUGAAUCCCGAAGAUAUCGAUCAGCUAAUUACGAUCAAUGGCAUGGUUAUCCGUAUAUCUGGUCUGAUACCUGAAAUGAGGCAGGCCUUCUUUGAAUGCGCCAUUUGCAAAAAUACGAACGAAGUUGAAGUGGAUCGUGGUCAUAUCGAGGAACCGACGAUAUGCCAGAAUUGUAAUUCCAAUCACUGCUUCAUGCUUAUCCACAAUCGGUCGGCUUUUAUGGAUAGACAAGUGAUCAAAUUACAGGAAUCACCAGAUGACAUGCCUGCAGGUGAAACGCCCUGUACAGUUUCACUUUAUGCUCAUGGAAAUUUGGUCGAUAGCGUUCAACCAGGGGAUCGAGUAACCGUUACCGGUAUAUAUCGGGUAGUCCCACUGAGGGUUAAUCCACGAAAAAGACUCGUUAAAACGGUGUACAGAACGUACAUCGAUGUGCUGCACUACAGGAAGAUCGACGCGCAUAGACUGAAGCAGCAAGACUUGGCGAGCAAGUUGCCACCACAGCGUGUAGCUCAGAUAAAGGCGUUGGCUGCUAAGCCAGACAUAUAUGAACGUCUGGCACAUGCUAUCGCGCCAAGUAUAUACGAACACCAGGAUAUAAAGAAAGGAAUUUUGUGUCAACUGUUCGGUGGGAGUAAGAAAACCUCUGCUGAUUCGUCCCAUGGUCACUGGCGGUCGGAAUUGAACAUUUUGCUCUGCGGCGAUCCCGGUACCAGUAAAUCCCAGCUACUGCAGUAUAUUCAUCAUCUAGUACCUCGAGGCCAGUACACAUCUGGACAAGGGUCUUCGGCGGUCGGCUUGACAGCAUACAUUACGAGGGAUCCAGAGACAAAGCAUUUCGUGCUUCAGACCGGAGCAUUGGUUCUCAGCGACAACGGUGUCUGCUGCAUUGAUGAAUUCGACAAAAUGAACGAGAGCACUCGCUCUGUUCUGCAUGAAGUGAUGGUACGGCACAAUUAUAAGUAG